AUGAAUACAACAACGCUCAUAAAUACGGAUGAUACGGCAUUACUAUUGAACAUCUCACAAAAAUUAUAUGGUUGGGGCAGUUUAAUUAUAUUUUUAAUUGGUACUUUUGGUAAUAUAUUAGAUAUUAUCUUAUUUAUUCAUCUUGAAAGUCUUAACACAUUAGCCAGUUCAUUAUUUCUUUUGGCAUCAUUUAUUGGAAGUGAAUUUGUUAUGUUGACAGCAACUUUAUUACGAACCAUUUUUGGUUUAACAGGUUCCGAUCCAUUAUUUGCUUCGUUAUUUCUUUGUAAAGCUCGUUGGAUGAUAGGUCCAGCAAGUGGUGCUUUUGCACUCACUUGUGUCAGCUUGGCAGGUGUGGAUCGAUAUAUUUUAGCACGAACACAAUAUCAAACAAAGAUUACAUUAAAUCAAGCUCGUUUAGUUAUCAUACUAGCUGCUAUUUUUUGGUUAGGAUUUUUCUCAAUGUAUGCAGUCUUUUACGUUGCACCAACACGAAAUUCUUGUCAAUUAAUUGAUACUCAUAUGAUUCAAUUAAUGCCUUUUGUUAGUUUAUUUGUUUACAGUAUUAUUCCCAUAACAGUACUUUCACUUCUUUGUCGUCUCAUUUGGCAUGCUCUUGGUCAAUUACCCAUAACAUAUUUACAUGGUGGUAUUCGUUUACAAGAUCAAGUAACACGUAUGAUUAUUGCUCAAAUAUUUGUAAUUGUUAUUACAAGUUUACCUAGUGCUGUUUAUUCUAUUUAUACAAUUUCGACACGAACAAUAAGCAAAAGUUCAUGGCGUUUAGCAGUCGAAAAUUUAAUUAAUACAAUAUGCGUUCUUAUAGGUUUUCUUACACACGCAAUUAUGUUUUAUAUUUAUUUAAUUGCUUCACCUAGUUUUCAUCAAAAUGCAAAGAAUAUGUUUCAUAUUGCUUAUAAUCAUAUUAUACCAUUUAUAAAUCGAAUACGUACUAAUCGACAAGUGGUUUUUCCAGCAGUUUAA